AUGUUUGACACGGUCUGCACGCUUCCGCUCCCCUCGGACCUGUUCUCUCAGGCGAUCCACCCCGAGGAACCGGUGGUCUCUGUUGGUCUUGCUUCGGGCCACGUUCAGACCUUCCGAUUGCCUUUCGAGGACUCUGAUGAAGAUGACGAUACGGUUUCGAACUCGUCUGCCCGUAAUGGCAAGGGCCACAUUGACACUAUGUGGAAAACCAGGCGCCACAAGGGUAGCUGCCGCACCUUGGGAUUCAGCACAGAUGGUCAAACGCUCUAUUCAGCUGGAACAGACGGCAUUGUGAAGGCCGCGAAGUCGGAGACUGGUCAGGUCGAAAAUAAAAUUGUUAUUCCUUAUGAGAAGGACGGGUCAGUGGAUUGCCCGACUAUUGUCCAUGCUCUUUCUCCUCAAACCCUCCUUCUUGCCACCGAUUCGAGUGCACUGCACCUCUACGAUCUUCGCGUCCCGUACUCGAAGGUCUCUGCGAAGCCUGAACAGUCGCACCACCCUCACGACGACUACGUCGCCUCCUUGACUCCUCUACCCGCAUCUGAUACUAGUACUUCGGGUUUCAGCAAGCAGUGGGUCACCACUGGUGGCACCACUUUGGCUGUGACAGAUCUCCGGAGAGGUGUCAUGGUGCGCAGUGAAGAUCAGGAAGAGGAAUUGACCAGCUCGGUUUAUAUGGGUGGUCUGCCAUCUAGCGGAACCAGCCGCGGUCAGAAGGUGAUCGUUGGUGGCGCCAGUGGUAUUAUGACAUUGUGGGAGAAGGGCGCGUGGGAUGACCAAGAUGAGCGGAUCCGUGUCCACCGCGACAAUGAGGGCGGUGAUGCCAUUGAGACUAUGGCCGGCAAGCUUGUCGCCGCAGGUCUGAGCAAUGGACAAGUGAAGUUCGUGCGCAUCGGACCUAACAAGGUCGUCUCCGAAGUUGUGCACGAUGAGAUCGAGGGUGUUGUGGGCUUGGGCUUUGAUGUUGAGGGCCGCCUGGUCUCUGGUGGUGGUCAGGUUGUCAAGGUAUGGCAUGAGGCUGCGGACAAUGCUGGCGCUGGCGCUGGGGACAAGCACAUGAUGGAUUCGGACGACAGCGAUGACGACUCAGACAGUGAGACCGAGGAGCGCCCUCAGGAACCAAAGGAUCGCAAGAAGCGCAAGAAGGGCAAGGGCAAGGACAUGAGUGGUGGACAGCAUGUCAUGGCCUUCCACGAUCUGGACUAA